AUGACCGCCUUGUUCUCUGCUUACAAACUAGAACGGGUGACCAGCGGAGCGCGACCUCUGUCAGCCAAUGGCAGCGCUACCACAAACAACCGAAACAACAACGAGGAACGCCGAUUCGCUGACAUCAUCAAAGAGAAGCCAAUCAAAGUGACCGUCCGCGUGCUGGUACCAGUUAAGGAGCAUCCCAAGUUCAAUUUCGUGGGCAAGUUACUCGGUCCCAAGGGUAACUCCCUCAAGAGGCUCCAGGAGGACACGAUGACGAAGAUGGCCGUCCUCGGCAGAGGUUCCAUGAGAGACAAGGCCAAGGAGGAGGAGCUGCGCGCGUCCAGCGACCCCAAGUACGCCCACUUCAACGACGACCUGCACGUCGAGAUCACGGCGUUCGCGCCGCCCGCGGAGGCGCACGCGCGCAUCGCCUACGCACUCGCCGAGGUCCGCAAGUUCCUCGUGCCGGACUACAACGACGAGAUCCGUCAGGAGCAGAUGCGCGAGAUGCAACUGCUGAGCGCGCCCUCCGCCGUCGCAGCCUCCGCCGGUGCCGACGUCCUCUCGCCAGCCUCCCCAGCAGGGUCGCCCACAGCCCUGCGCAGCGGCGGCUCCAUCCUGAGCCGGCUGCGACCGGCACGCUCGCGGCCCGUGCUGCCGCUGCUGUCCCGCGACGGGUCGGAGGCGGAAGCGCAGCCCGAUGUUGUGGACCCCGCCGUCAGCCCCGCCCCCGCGCCGCAGCUCUACAACCUCUACGACUCGUACGCAGCCGCCGCCGCAGCCGGGUACGGCCUGCUGGACGGCUACGCCAACGGGGGCGGCCUCAUCGCGCCGGAGACCAUGGAGGAGCUGUCCGCCGCUGCCGCCGCGCCAGAGGCCGUCGCCACUUCCGUGACUCCGGACUUGACGGGCCGCGCGGACGCGUCCGUGCUGAAGAUGGACCGCACGCGGUACCGGCACGACCCGUACGCCCGCUACACCGGCCUGAAGUUGCCGCUGUAACUGCCAGCGAAACGCCUGCCAGCUGACUGCGGGGGCGGCGGGGGCCUCGACGUCGACGACGGUGAAUGCGGCUGCGAAGGUUACUCUGCGGCGACUGGAAGCGAUCCUCACUGUAAAUGUAGCAGCAGUCAGGGCCUUAAUGGUUUGUACUUGAGUUCAAGUGGGGAUCCGGAAGAAACGAACAAGUGAGGACCUGCACUAGUGGAUUAACACAUAAGGUCUCUGAGUCUCUGACACUGAGUUUGCUCCUCGAUUCGUUCGUUACUUUCAUAUUAUUUGUUACAUCUCCUUUCCAUUCCUUUCGAUUACCCCUCUUGACAAACAAAACAAAGAGAACAGUUGGCUACUUGCUCAGUGUUCUGUAUAUGUGGGAAGAAAAGUAUCAAUGAGAAACAAAGACGAGACUUAUUUUUAUGUUAUACUAAAUAAAUUACAGGAAGAAUGACUUCCUAAAAUAUGUUUCAUGUAAAACCCUUUUCCAUAUUCACUUUGAGGUGAUGAUGGUACAGCAAGUUCUAGAAUACAAUUCUAAAUUAAUGGCUCACUAGAGGAAAAUCACGGCAUAUACCUUUUUCUUCCAUGGUGAGCAGUUUCUAAAGCUUUAUUCUGUCAUGUGUCGACAGAGCCGAUUCAGUAGCCUCUGGUAAUGGUAUA